UCCUGUCUUUUGUUAAUGCAGUUAGAAGCCUUGGUAAAGUUCAGAUACUUCGUAAGAAACAAAUUAACCAGAGGGAGUAGUUUGCUUGGGUACUCCACGAUUGCAGAAGGCUUUAAAUAGCUUGGGGACUGGUAGUGUUCAAACCAAAAGCACGUCAAAAUAGUUUUUUCUGCCCUAUUUUGUAGCCCGGAAGUUGAGCGCUUCCUUUGUGAAGUUUUAAAGAACAUUGCUGCGCCUGUUUGUUUCGCUAGCGACUGACGUAGUGUGAGUGUGUUCACCUGCAUGGAUAAGAGCCGCUCAGCCUAGCUGCUAUAUUGACCCAGCAGCGCAGACAGAAUUGAAGCCAGCUAACUACUUGGAGCUUGAAAAGAAUGCUGAGCACGGUCAACUACCUGUGGUCACUGGAUGAUGUGCUGGGUCAGGGGGCGACGGCCAGCGUCUACAAAGCACGGAACAAGAAAAGCGGAGAGCUGGUUGCAGUGAAGGUGUUCAACAAUGUGAGUUACCAGCGGCCCCUGGAGGUCCAGAUGAGAGAGUUUGAGAUGCUGAGGAAGCUGAACCACGUCAACAUUGUCAAGCUGUUCGCUGUGGAGGAGGUGACCCACGUCAACAACAAGCAGAAGGUUCUGGUGAUGGAGUUCUGCUCCGGAGGGAGUCUGCUCAACCAGCUGGAGGACCCAGAGCAUGCGUUCGGACUCCCGGAGUCUGAGUUUCUCAUAGUGCUGCAGUGUGUAGUGGCUGGGAUGAACCACCUGCGUGAGAACGGGGUGGUGCACAGGGAUAUCAAGCCUGGGAACAUCAUGCGGCGCGUGGGGGAGGACCGGUGCUCCGUCUACAAGCUCACAGACUUCGGAGCGGCCCGGGAACUGGAGGACGAUGAGAAGUUUCUCUCCCUCUAUGGGACAGAGGAGUACCUGCACCCGGACAUGUAUGAGCGAGCCGUGCUCAGGAAACCGCAGCAGAAGUCCUACGGGGUGGCAGUGGAUCUCUGGAGCAUCGGGGUGACGUUCUACCACACCGCUGCCGGCAGCCUGCCGUUCAUACCCUACGGAGGACCGCGCAAGAACAAGCAGAUCAUGUAUAAAAUCACCACAGAGAAGCCGAGGGGGGCGAUAGCGGGAGUGCAGCGUCUGGAGGACGGACAGAUCGAGUGGAGCUACGACCUGCCUGUAGCGUGUCAGCUCUCCGCAGGCCUGAAGUCCCAGCUGGUUCCAGUCCUGGCCAAUAUCCUGGAAGCGAACCAGGAGACGUGCUGGGGCUUCGACCAGUUCUUCGCUGGGACCACGGAUAUCAUUCACAGAGUGGUGAUCCACGUGUUCUCACUGCAGCAGGCCACGCUGCACCAAAUCUACAUCCAUGCUUACAAUACGGCCUCUAUUUUAAUGGAGGAGAUUUUCAAAGUGGCGCGGAUCCAUCCCAAAUGCCAGCAGUACCUCUUUGAUGGGCACUACUACCCCCUGGAGGCCAGCAUGAAGGUGGGGAACCUCCCCCCCACCUGCAAGGAUAAGCCCCUGUUCGUGACGAGCCUGGAGCCCGAGAAGCCAGAGAAGCCUAUCGGAGUGCAGUUCCGCGAGCCGGAAAUCCCAGUUUUUCCACCAAGGUUUGAUGUUCUUGCUGAUUACAGUUUGUCAAAGUGCAUAGUGAGUGCAGUACACCAGUAUUUAAGAAUAAGCCACUCCUUACUGAAAUGGCAGGCAUUGGUAUUGCAGGGGUUUUACUGGCUGAUGGAAAAUAUAAGGCUGGAUGUGGUACAGAAAAUCAACAUGCUGAACCUGAUGCUGUCUUUCUGCAAGAGUACUGAGGCGAGGGUGUACAGGCUCUGCGGGUUUUCAGUGGACACCGGCGUGCCGGAGCUCAAAGACUACCCAGAGCAGAGGAAGAAGCUGCAGCUGUUACAGGAAACCCUCUUGGGUUACAUAAACAGCCACCGUGACAUUCAAAACAAACUGGACCGAAUGAAAGCAGAGUGGUCCAAACACUCACAAAUACUAGCGCAGGAUAAAACCACACAGAAGAUAGACUACUUGCUGGAAAUGAUAUUGGCAAUAUACCAUCAGUACCGGAAAGACAAAAUGACUGUCAACCUGCCGUAUAACGAUGAACAGAUACACAAGUUUGAAAAGAUUAACUUGACAACGCAUGUGAAGAAAGUGAAGUCCUUAUUCCGAGAUGAAUGUGUACAGAAGUACCAGGCUGUGCUCUCUGUGAUUGGCUGUUGGACCAGCUCGCUGUUCGAGAUGAAGACUCAGCUCAGAGAGUUCAACAGUGUUUUCAAGAGUCUCUUUGGGGAGCUGGAGGAAUGCCAGGAUCACCAGAGCAAGACCCUGAAAAAUGCUCUGCUGAGGAUCCAGCAGGAGGCGCCCUGGCCCGACCCGUCAGCCGCCUAUCUGGAGGACAGCCAUGCGCAGAUGGCUCUGAGGAUUCGGCUUCUGAGAGACGAGAUGCAGGCAGUGGCACAGGAGCUGCAGCACAAUAACUGUAUUAUUGAGAGUUUCAGCGCUCUGACCACCAGCCCUGGUGUCUGAUUCCCAGCAGUGGAUGGAACUGACUGGCAACCGGUUCGGUCUCUACAGGGUGUCCUGCUUCAGCAUUAACUACUUCACACGCACAGCACUUUCGAUAUCCACCACGGAGUUUACCACUCCUUAAAGAAAUGCUUGUCGUGUUUUGUAAAUUUAAUAUAUAUUUUGGCGUGAACAGCAGUACAGAGUUUAUGUCUGUAUUUGUGUUUUAUUUUUAUUUUUUAUUUAAAGAAGUUUACCCUGGCUCCCUCUUUCUGUCACCAUGGUAGUACAUUGGUUGCAGUUCUAAUAAAGCACAGAAAGCUAUGCUCAUGCUUGGUAAAGCACUUGAAAUGCAAAGGCAAAACAUGCUCAUUGUGUAUCUGCCAUAACAAAGAAAGGGUCUAGCUUUCCCUGUCCGUCUGUCUACAUGCAUGUAUGUAAGCUUGUCAAAUACAAUAUAUUAUUGUACCAUA